AUGCUGUUGGCGACGUUCAAGCUGUGUGCUGGGAGUUCCUACAGACACGUGCGCAACAUGAAGGGACUGAGGCAGCAGGCGGUGCUGGCCAUCAGCCAAGAGCUGAACCGCAGGGCCCUGGGGGGCCCGACCCCCAGUGCGUGGAUUAACCAGGUUCGCCGUCGGAGCUCUCUACUUGGUUCGCGGCUGGAAGAGACCCUGUACAGUGACCAGGAGCUGGCCUACAUCAAACAGGGAGAGGAGGCCAUGCAGAAAGCCCUGGGCAUCCUCAGUAGCCAGGACGGCUGGAAGGAGGAGAACCAGCAGGCAAACGGGGACAAAGUGCUGAGCAAAGUGGUGCCGGAGGUGGGCAAGGUGUUCCGACUGGAAGUGGUGUUGGAUCAGCCCAUGGACAGGCUGUACGAAGAGCUGGUGGAGCGCAUGGAGGCCAUGGGGGAGUGGAACCCCACUGUUAAGGAAGUGAAGGUCCUGCAGAAGAUUGGGAGAGACACGGUCAUCACCCAUGAGCUGGCUGCGGAGGCAGCAGGAAACCUCGUGGGUCCCCGGGACUUCGUGAGCGUGCGCUGUACCAAGCGCCGGGGCUCCACCUGCGUGUUGGCUGGUAUGGCCACCCACUUCGGGGAGAUGCCGGAGCAGAAAGGUGUCAUCAGGGCUGAACACGGGCCCACCUGCAUGGUGCUUCACCCGCUGGCUGGAAAUCCCUUACAGACCAAACUCACCUGGCUGCUCAGUAUCGACCUCAAGGGGUGGCUGCCGAAGACCAUCAUCAACCAGGUCCUGUCUCAGACGCAGGUGGACUUCGCCAACCACCUGCGCAAGCGUCUCGCGUCCAGCUCGGCCUGAGGCAGGGGUGGAAGGCCACCUGCCGCUCCC